GGGAGUUUGAAACCCUCCGUAAUCAGCUGACUAUGUCCGGCGACAAUAAGAACCAAAAUGAGGUGGAGGUUAUGGAGUACACAACUGUUAAGGCUAGCUAUGAGUCACUAAACAAGCGGUACAGACGCAAUCACCGAGACAUGGAGAAAGGUAUAGCUGCUUUAAAUAAGUCACUUGACGAGUUGGAAAAUGCAACAGAUAUCACAAAAGCUACAGCAGCACUUAGCAGAGUUCUAGAAACCGUUUGUGGCGUGAAACGCAAAGCUGAAUUUGUAUGUAUUGAAGAAAGGAAGCUGUUGAAAUCAUGUAAACGCAGAAUAGGACACCUUAGUCAACUGUGUUUGCUUGAUAGUGGGAUGUUUACCCGGGCCUCAGAUGAGCUACAUUUCAACUCUAGUAGUAAUCAAAAGUCUGAAGAAUCAAUUUCUAAAGUUAAUAGUAGUGAAUCAGACACUACACUUAAACGCCGUUCUACUUAUUCUGUUGAUGAACGCGCACUUUGUCUAGCAAGAUUCCAAAGACACUUGACAGAUUAUCUUUUUACAAGUGGUCAACCUUUAUCGGCUUUGAAAUUCGCUCAGGAGAAAGCCGAACUGGGUGAUCUAUGUAUGAUGGAAGUUUUUGAUGAAGCUGUGUCUAUUGAGAAGGCACUUUUAGAAGGAGAUACAGGUCCAGCAUUCUCUUGGUUGCAAGAAGCUAACUUCAAGUUGAAGAAAAACGAUUCGUAUUAUGAAUUUGAUCUUCGUGUAUUCGAGUUCUAUCUACUUGUCAAGCAAGGGAAACGAAUUGAAGCCAUCCAGCAUGCCAGAAAAUACAUGAAUUCAGUGAAACAAGCUGAUGAUUAUCGUGCCACAAAACUUGGUCAGGCGAUGAUUUUAUUGGCAAUGCGUACACCUGAAGAACUUCAGAAUAAGGCAGAUCAGAAUAAGCUAACUGAGGAGUGGAUAGUUAAACGGACUCAUGAAGUACUUAUGGAAUUUUACGCUUACAAUAUUAACACCCCGUUUCAACUGGCUGUUAAUGCUGGAAUUACAGCAAUUAAAACUCAGUAUCCUUUUUUAUUCCAAAUAAACUAUCAGUUAUAUAAUUAUACAUUCAUACGUUACCUAUGUAGUAUUUUGCGAUGAACUCUUUACAAAAGGUGGAGCUAAUUGGCUUAUAUGUCAGCAAACCCGUUAUUCACAAUUACUGUUACAACCCAAAUACUCAACAUCGAGACUGUGCUGUUUGUCAUCCAUUAAUCAACAUGUUGGCAGUGAAUUUACCAUUUGCUCGUCAUGAUCAUUCUAUAUUAACGUGUUACAAGACUGGUCUUCCUAUGGAUGAUGAAAAUCCCCCAAUGUCAUUACCAAAUGGUUAUGUUUACAGCCAAAAGGGUAUCGCUGAGUUAACACGUCCAGAUGGAACAAUAACAUGUCCUCGUUCAGGGAAAACAUUUGAAGCCUCAGAAGUCCAGAGAGUCUACAUAGUCUGAUUGCUUGACAGUUUUUCCGAUAUGCAUCCACCAUUACAUUGUUACCUUUUUUGUUCUUCAUUCAUAAUUUUCAUUUCUCGCCAUCAGAAUAUCCUGUGGAUGAUCUUAUCUUUCAUCUUUUCGGUUGGUAAUUGUACAAAGUUCUUCCAUGUACAUCGUCAAUAUUUACGACCGACAAAUUGAUUACUAUGAGUUGUAUACAUUAUAUUAACCUCAUUGAUAUGUAUUGUAAUUGCAUACAACUUCAUACCAAAAAAUUUAAAUAAAGACUGCCACUUCCUGAUUUUC